AUGGCUGUGACGCCGCCAAUCAGCGACGAUAUCUCGCUUCCGGCGGAAGCGCCCCAGGCUAUUUCUGUCAGUUUGCGAUUCAGCAAACGGGAAAUUUGUGCGUCAAGGGUUCAAAGUUGAGAAGAGUGCGUACAGACGUUCCCGUCUCGCUUGACGUCGUCUUGAUGAGAAGACACAUUAGCGAUGACACCAGCCGUUUGGCCUUAGGUUACUGUGUUUCUUGUUGGUGGCCAUGUCUUCUGGUCACAACAAAAAAGUCCAAAGCGAUCAAAAUAGCCGAGGUUACGGUAAUCUUGCUAAUAGCUUCAGAACUUCAGUCGAUAUUCGAAUGGGUUUUAAAGCUUUGGGAAGUUUUUUUUUUCUCGCAAACUUCGGAUUUGCUUGGGAAUUAUAUUCAGUUAUUGCAAUUUCAAAGACCACAGCAUAAUACUUUUUAGACUGUUUCAGAAAGUUUUCGGACAUUUCUGGAAUGGUAAGGAAACUGCCUUGGUUUGGUGAGAAUCAGAAUCGAGUAGAAAUAAUUAGAUUCUCGUCGUACUUUGAGAGUUGGGAAGAUUGAUUUCCAUAAACUCGAGGAGAUCGUGGAUUUGAUAGAUUUGAAAUUUAAAUUGAGUACUUUUUUUUGCCUAACGAAAUCUGUUUUGAGCCCUCUAUAAAAUAUCGUGUUCCGGAAUUAGGGUCGCAAAAAAAUCUCAGGAAAAUUUCGUUAUCGGGAACAUUUUUCUUUGAAAAGUAAUGAAGAGGAAAUUACUUACAAGUCAUCAAAUUAUUUAACUUGGUUUUCUCAAGGAAACUUUGAAUCUAUCGAAAAAAUUAAUAAUUUGAAUUUUUCUCAGUGUCAUUGGAACAAACGAAUUUUGUUUCUGAAAUCCGAAACUUGGUUUUGACGGCGAUGUGUCACUUCCUCUGUUAUUUUUCGCAUUGUUUUCAAGGUUAGCGUGUCAGUUGCGUGUUAUUUUUUAGAAGGAGGUUUUCCCAGAAAAAGACAUUGCAAAAUGCUGGGAGUACGGUCGGCGGAAGACGGGGGGCGGUCUGUCCAAGCAAAAUUGUGGGCGAAACGAAGAAAUCGGCCAUCCCAUCGCUUUCGCCGACCCACACUUCCGAACUUUCUUUGCCAUGAAUCGCAUCGUCGCUUUUCGCAACGAUGCUCGCCGAUCUCACAUUCGUUAUGACCAGGUUGGCUCAGAUUAUUUUAUCAUCGCGAAGAUGUCUUCGACAACUCUUUUUUUCGAAAGCUUCUUCCAAAAACAGUAACUGCCUGACUUAUUUUCUAAUAGAAGAGCUUUCUGUUUUUAUGAUUUUUAAUUGAACAAUGAAUCGGCUCAUCAAGUGAAGAUUAAGUAUAUGAAAUAAUAUCACUAUAUUUCGGUCUGAAUACGUGUUUCUAGCUUGUUAUGAGUUGCGACGUCAUUAAUCAAUAACUUCUAAAUAUUUCAUUCGAAAAUUUGCAGCUUAUGCCCUCAAUAUCAAUACACGUGCUGUCGGUAGCAUUAUGUCUCUCGGCAGGGUACCAGCAAGGCUACAUCGCCUCGGUCCUCAACCAGCCCUACGCCCAGAUCGAACAGUACAUCAACCAGUCCUGGAUUGAGAGGACCGGCGACCCCAUUUCCGGCAACACAUUGGUCCGUUUACUGUCAUAGAGAUCUGAUUCAAUGACAUUUUCAGCAUCUUCUGUGGUCCUUACUCAAUGUCUGUUUCCCCAUCGCAACCAUUUUUGGCCAAUUCUUGGCCGGUUUCAUGUGCAGCCGACUUGGGAGGAAAAAGACGGCGCUUAUUGCUUCUUUCUUCUAUGUAAGCGUUCCUCGACAGUAAUCCAAUCGAGAUCUUUUCAGAUUCCCGGAUCUUUGUGCUGCGCUUCAGCCAAAUGGCUGAGUCCGGCCUUCGAACUGCUUUUUGUAGGUCGCAUCAUCUGGUCUUUGGCCAACGGUAUCAACUCCGUCAACGCGACUGUAUGGAUCGUCGAAUGCGCUCCACCGCAAUUCAGAGGCAGAAUGGCCGCCAUGCAAGAAUUCUUCAUGGCUCUCGGUCAGUUAUCCCGCUUUGAUGCUUCUAUUUUUGCUAUCGGAAAGAGUGAAAAAGUUUGAAUUGAAGGAUAAGAGAACAUUUUUUCGUUUUUUUGGCAUCGAACUUCAUGUCGAUUUGGAAAUUCGAAAACAAUUCGGAACUUUUUUUUCCCUUUACAACGUCUCAGUUUCGUACGGAUCGACCAAAGAGCCAAGUUUCGAGGUUAAAGCGACCAAAAAAAGUUUUAUUUGAUAAUCACUUGACAUUGAUUUUUUUUUCUCGAUAAUCUUUUUCUUCUUCAUUAAUUCUGCGACUUCAACUUCGCUGAGACCAAAUUUUUAAGCCCAUACUUUUUUUUAAUUUUGAAAUACCUCAUUCUCUUAAUUUAUUGCUUUGUGAGGCAAAAAAUUUGAGAAAUUUUCAACAUUAUUUUCCAAGUUAUCACUCUCCAGUAACUUUUCCUACUUUUCAGGAUCAUUGACGACACAAGCCGUGGGGGUGCCUUUUUCAACGGAUGAGCUUUGGCCGUUCAAUUUCCUGCCCAACAUUGUCGUCGUUCUGGCCUCGUUGGUCAUGUUCACCUACGUUUCGGAGUCGCCGCAAUUCAUCAUGGAACGGUACAACGACAUCGACAGAGCAAGGAAGGCUCUGGCGGCGUACCACGGCGUUUCUGAAGACGACCCUUCUGUCGACGCUGAGAUCCGCAUUUGCGAGGACAGUCUGACCAAGAAGAAAGGUGUCGUCAAGGCGAAGGUAGGGCUCUACUUCCGAGCUCUGUCAACUCCAUGAGGUCUUUCAGUCCUCUGGAAUCGAGUGUGCUCACAGUCCGAUGGCCGUCAUGUUCAUGCCGUGGAAAGCCAACGACGCGACGUCGAAGAUCAUCCGCCACUGCGUUUGGGUCGGCGUUAUGGUCAAGGCAAGUUUUUUGGUCUUCAUUUUGAAUUUGAUUGGAAAUUAUAUGCUUUUUAAAGCAGAGUAAGAAAAAAUAAAAAAAGCUUCUAAGCGGUAGUCAGUUCAAAAAAAGUCGAACAGAAGGGAAGACAGAAGUGUGAGCUCUAUAGUGCAUUGACCUGAGCUGCCUAGUCGGCAGGGGUCCACCAGACACAAGUGUCGAUUUUGGCGCGAUCAGCCAACCAUCUCAAGUAGACCAGACACUCAUCUGAUAUCGUGUUGUUUUUUGUUCUGAGAUCAUUUUCCCGCUGUUUGAGGACAACAAUAUUCACAUAUUUCGUGACUCUCGACGAGCUCAUUUUUAUCAAUAUGGCGAAUUGAAAAAAAAAAUCAAUUAAAGGUUAUUGAGACCAGUAAGAUUUGAAUAGAGAAUGUGUUCGUAUGUAGAUCGAUAAAUGUAUUUUUGAAUCGAGAAGGUUAUUGAGCUGAAAUUCGCAGUUAGACGGACUGGUUCAGAGAAGAAAUCCUACUUUUUGACUUGCAAGGAUGUUGUUUUUCAGAUAGGCUACGUGUUCACCGGAGCCCGCUGCCUCAGAUCCUACAGCACCUUCAUUCUGUUCACCAUGUCGCAUUGGAAGUACUCGCAGGCGACGUGGCUUUCCUUCCUGAUCGGCCUCAUCCGAGUGCCCGUCACUUUGAUGCCAGUCUUCCUUGUGGAUCGCCUCGGAAGAAGGCCCUUGAUCGUCGUCUCCAUGUUCGUCUCUUUCGCGUCGUUGCUUCUCAUGAUGCUGGCCAUUAACAUGGGCGGCGAGUGGAAGGUUGGUUCCUCUCUUUUUCUGCUUCUCAGCUUCAUUCUCUUCAGUACGCGACUUUCUGCGGUCUGACCGGAUUGUUGCUGAUCAACACCUGCGGCAUAGGAUCCGUCUCUCGUUUUUACUCGGCGGAGCUGGUUCCACGAGAUUUGCUGCUUUCUUCAGUCUCCACUCUCAACAAUUUUGAGUCUUUGACCAAAAUUGCAGUCGAGUUCGCCUUCUAUCCUUUGGCCAACGUGGUAAGUCUGGAAAUCCCCAUCAAAUUCGCCAAAACUUUUAAUUCUGGAACUUUCCGAAUUUCGCUCAAGCUCUGAAUUCAGCUGAAGUUCUUAAUGAAAAUUGCUCAUGAACGCGCAAAUAAGUUUUUGGAAAUUGUUUUUCAAAUUGUUUUUCAAUUGAUCUUCAACGCUUUUAAUCACCUGUUCACACAAAAAAGAAAAUCUCCAGAAUCACAAAACGAAACAAUUCUUCAAAUAUUCAUUUGAAGUUUUCCAAACUUCGCAAUGAUAAGUUUUUGUCUAGUCAAUUUAUUUAUAUAGAAAUACAAAGAGUGAUUGAGAAAAAGUUUAGGGCCGCUUUCAAAGCCUGCAAAAUUUUUUUGGGGGCUUGAAACUAGCUGUUAAUGAAUCACUCUAUUUUCGCGAUUUUUGUGCUGUCUUUCAAGUCUCGAAUUCCAGAUCGGAGCGCAAUCUCUUUUGCUUUUCAUCGUGCCGACUGGCGUCUUCUUCUUCCUCACGUGGUCGCUUUGCCCUGAAACCAGUCGCAAGACGGUCAACGAGGUAUUUCCUAUUUGUUUUGUUUCCGAAAAUUGCCGAUUCGGGUAUUCCUCAUAACCUGUUUCCUCGCGAGACAUUACAUUGAUAAUUAAUGAGCGGUAAUCAUGAUUGACUUGUCGAGUUUUCGAUAGUCACAUCGGAAAUGACGCCGCUUCAUUUCGAGGCUAGUAUGACUUUUUCGUUGAUUACUUUCUUUGUCAUGUGGAAUCACUAUUUUUUCUUGCAAAGUGUAAAAAAUUCGAAUAUUUGAGAAAAUUUGCAAGUUUUUUCAGCUUUUUGAAAUAUUUUAAAUCUUGAUAAAUUGUAUUUUUGCAGGUUUUGAACAACGUUGCGUCGAAAAAGAAGCUCGACGUUUACUUCCCCAUGUAA